UUUGAACUAUUCGCAUUACCGAAACAGUUAGAGCCUUGGUGAAAAAAGAUUGUUUCAAAUUAGAAGAUGACGAAAAUAUGUGGUUAUGAUAUUUAUUGUUUUGAUUAUGUGUGGGUUCUGCUUGAUUUUGAAAUUUUGAAUAUUAUUAUGUCUCAACAUGUUUCUUUUGAAUCUAAAUUCAUUAAAACAGAUGUGACUGCAAUAAGGAUACUAAGAAAUGUAGUACUUGUUGGAGCUGGUGCAGCUAUUCAUGUUUUUCAAAGAAAUUGCCCCUGGCGAUUGAUCUAUAAACAGGAAAUAAGAAACACAAGAGGAGAAAAAAUACAUGGAUUCAUUCCAUUUCAGAAAAAUAAUCUCCUAGUCUUUGGUGGACCAUUCAUCAUUAUCUUCAAUGUCAAUCAUGAUUUCACAUAUUUUGAAGAGUUGAUAUGUAAGGGGUUCUCUGACUGGAUUUUAGAUGCCAAGCUCAUAGAUGAGGACAAUAAAAUUGUUGCAGUUUCUAUGCAAAAUAAACUGCACAUUUUGAAUUCAAAUUUAGAAAUACUGGAAGUUAUUGAAUGUAUAGAAAAAUGUAUUUUGUAUAGUGCUCAUAUUUGUUAUGAUAAAUAUGAAGAACUGAUUAUUCUUUCUGGUACUGUUUUUAGUGAAAUUUUGAUAUGGAGACCAACAAGAAGGAAAAAUAAUGAAUGUGUUUUACUGGCAAGACUACAAAAGCACAAGGGUGUUAUAUUUUCUUUGCAUUAUGAUGAAAAAUCUGGAUACAUUUGUUCUUCUUCUGAUGAUCGUUCAGCAGUACUGUGGAACAUCCCUCACAAGACCCUUUCUUUGGAAGUACAACAAGACACAAUUAACAUUUUACCAAAAUGCCAGGUCUAUGGACACUUAUCAAGAAUUUUUAGAUGCCAAGUUCUAACUGAAUGCUUCAUAACUGCUGGGGAAGAUUCCAUACUGAAUGUUUGGUCAUUAGAUGGCAAAUUAGUCAAAAAAAUAGAAACUCACCAAGGAGGUCCAAUUUGGUGUUUAGAUUGUGAUGAACUUGGAAAUAUCAUAACAGGUGGUGGUGAUGGUGGAGUCACUAGUUUCUCAUUGAAUUUUGAUGUUUCUGAUGAAAAAUUAGCAUUACCAAACAGUGAAAAGCCUAAAUUAGUAGUGGCUCUGAGUACCCACAAUGUAGUAGUCAUAUCUGAUAGUGGGGAUCUCUAUUUGUACUCUCAAAAAAGUAGUUGCUGGUUCAAAAUAGCUGAACAUGAAGAUUUGGGAAGCUAUGUUGUAUUGGAUGUUUCAAAAUGUAAAAACAUGAUUGCUUUAGCAGGCUUCAAUGGACAAAUAUAUAUCUACAAAGUUACUAGUAAUAGUAUUCAGUAUAUUUCCAGUUAUCAAACAUCUAUAAAAUCAAGAAUAAUAUCCUUACAUUGGCUAACUUGUGAAUCAUUUCUAAUCUGCCAAGACCAGGGGAAGCUCAGCUUGAUAUAUUUGAAGAAAGAAUCUAUGUGUCAAAUUGCAACAUUUUCAUUACCAUCAGGUAUUCAGCCAUGUACAACUACAGCAGCUAUUUUUAAAGACUAUAUUGUUGUGGGAGAUAGAAAAGGGGCUUUGCAUUUAUACAAAUUUGGUGAAAAGUAUCCUUUCCAAACCAUGAAGAGAGUGCAUAGUCAUUUAGGAGUUACCAAUUUGAUCACAAAAAAUGAUAGGUUGAUAUCUCUAGGAAGAAAUUCAGUUAUCAAAACAUUUGCAUUAUCUCAUACAGGUUUAUUAGAAUUGAUUUCAUCAGAUAAACUGCCAUUCACUUGGUUAUUAGAUUUGUUUGAUAAUAUAGUGACAGCAUUUUCUAGUAAUAACUUCCUGAUCUGGGAUUACCAGUCUAAGAGAAUUCUAUUUGAAAAAAGUUGUGGAGGUGGUCAUAGGUCUUGGGACUUAGUAAAAAGCGGAAAUAGUAUCAUGUUUGUGUUUGUAAAAGAUAAAUUGAUAAACAAAGUGGAAUUUGAUUUCAGUGAAGUCAUGCCCUAUGAUUUGAUUGAAGGCUUUCAUUUGAAAGAAAUCAAUAGUAUACAAACUUUAAGGUACUUGGAUAAUUAUGUUUUGGUAUCCGGUGGUGAAGAUACCACUUUGAGAAUAAAUAUUGCCAAUUCAAAAAACAAAGAAUUCCAUAAUAGUCUCACCCUCAAAUCACAUUUAUCAAGUAUCAGAUCAAUAGCAAUUUACCGAAUUGACUCAAAGAUAGAUAACCAAGAGGUUCAUUUAAUUUUUUCUGCUGGAGGAAGAGCACAAAUAAUCUGCUGGAAGCUUGAGUGUUUUUUUGAAAAUGGUCAGCUAACAAAUUUAGUUUGUAGUGAACAACACUCCUACUACAAAGUUAUAAACAGUGAGGAAUCGGAAAUGAGAUUCAUGCAUCUUUCUGUGGCUGAUAUUUCUGGUAAUGUUGUUUUAUUUUGUGCUUGUUCAGAUGGGAAUAUAAAAUUGUUCACUGUUGAGCAAGAGGAGAAAUUCACAAUGAAGUUUCUCAAGAAUUUAUUUUAUGGCUUGAGAUGCAUUUUUUUGGUUGAUACUUUAACAAUUUUGAAUCAAAAAAUUCUUGUGACAGCAGCUACAGACGGUAAACUAGCCUUCUGGCAGUUGAACAACAUAUUCAAUGGAGACAAUUUUAAACCUUUUCAUACUAUACAAGUACAUCAGUCUGGAAUAAACGCCUUCGCAAAAAUAGCAUUGAAUGACAAUCAUCUCUUAUUUUUAACUGGAGGUGAUGAUUGUGCAGUUAUCCUGAACUAUAUCGGUUUUUCAUAUUCUGUUGAAGGGUUUUUGAUUAUUGAAGAAAUCGAUAAAUUUAUUGAUACAGGCAGUCAUUGGGCUCAAAUAACUGGUUGCUUUUUCAGCCCACAAUAUUUUAUGACCGCAUCUGUGGACCAAAGAUUGUUGAUUUUCAAAUGGGAAGUUAGUGCAGAAAAAAUUAUUUGUAAACUUGUUUCCAAGUAUAAUACUUCUAUUCCGGAUUUGAAAGGAAUAGUUUGUUUCGAAAAUGGUGAUUUCAAUAUUUUUCUUUACGGGAAAGGAAUCGAAUAUAUUUUUUCUAAAAUUUCAUGAUGGGAAAUAAAAUUUUAUG